AUGUACAAAGACAUUGAAAAGAUAGUUUCUACAAGCCACAUUUGUCAAAAGUACAGAAACUCACAACAAAAGGAGGAAAUGAUACCCAGUGACAUCCUAAGAAGGCCAUGGCAAGCUAUUGGAGUAGAUCUGUUCUCAGAGAGCCAAGAAUGGUAUUUGAUUAUGAUCUGCUACUACUCCAAAUUUCCAUUUGUGAGAAAAGUGAAAGACCUGAGAGCCAAAACAAUCACUACAGUGGCUCGAGGACUUCUAGCAGAGCAAGCAAUACCAGAGCAGAUCAUAUGUGACAAUAGAACCCAGUUCACAUCGCAAGAAUUCAAAAAGCUAGCCGAUGAGUAUGGGUUCAAUAUCACAACCUCAUCUCCACGCUACCCCAAAGGUCAUGGGUUUAUAGAAAGACAGGUGCAGACAGUGAAGAGAACACUAGUCAAAUGCCAAGAGACUAAGGAAGACCCACACCUGGCACUUCUGUCCCUACGAGUGACACCACUGAGAGCUGACAUGAAAUCCCCAGCAGAAUUGCUGAAUGGCAGGAAGUACAAAACCACCCUGCUAACUAAGAUCCAACUCCUAUUGACCAGGAAGAGACAAGGGCAAAGCUAG